AACACUUGCGCGUUAAUGGCGGGUUCGACCAUUUCGUCCUCUCUCGGACUCUCAAGUAAAGUUCCCGGAUUCCCAUUGAAGAUCAAUCACAGUGAUUCUAUUGGUAUUGAUCAAAGAUAUGAAGAGGGAGAAUCCAAGAAUCCACCGGUUAUGCCAUUUGUGAUGACUCCUGGAGGACCUUUGGACCUCUCUUCUGUGUUGUAUCGCAACCGUAUAAUCUUUGUAGGGCAGCCGGUUAACGCACACGUUUCUCAGCGAGUCAUCUCCACAGCUCGUAAUCCUAGCCUUUAGUUGAUGUACUUGAAUUGCCCCGGUGGUAGCACCUACUCGGUCUUAGCAAUCUAUGACUGUAUGUCUUGGAUAAAGCCUAAAGUUGGAACUGUGGCUUUUGGAGUAGCUGCAAGCCAAGGAGCACUUCUUCUGGCUGGUGGCAAGAAGGGAAUGUGUUACGCUAUGCCAAACACUCGUAUCAUGACUCGUCAACCUCAAACCGGAUGCGGGGGCCAUGUGGAAGACGUGAGGCGACAAGGGAAUGAAGCUAUUGAAUCUCAGCAUGCAGAAAAUAGACAGCAUGUAUGCAGCUUUCACUGGGCAGACUCUAGAGAAAGUGCAACAGUAGACAGGACGAGAUCGUUUCUUGUCCGUGUCUGAGUGCAGGCGCUGGAAUCCGGGCUCGUUGAUGCUGUACCGGAAACAGAGUGAGUGCUGCUGAGUGUUGCACAGAGACCACACACGGUUCAUGUUCUGGUCUGAAACUGUUCAUCAUGAAAACACCAUCGUUUUGGAGACUGGUGGGUGCAGUUACUGCAUCAGGAGGAUGGAUUUGGAUCCUGCACGUGGUAGGAUUCGCAUCACUACAUAUCACAAGGGCGGACCCUCAUGGAUCGCACACUUGAAUUUUUGAAGGUAUUCGGCUUCGAUCUCGUCUUCACGGGUUUUAGUAAAUUAUUAUCUCGUUUUCGUUUUCGUGAAGCCUAAGUAUCCACGAUCGAGGUAUACGUCUCUGGACUCGAGUACUGAACCCCUCAAAAUCUUGCAACAAAAAUGUUGAUUUGUGUUUCGAUUUGAGGGAUAUUUUGAUAAUUUUAUGUGUAAAUAUACUCAAGUAUUAUUAUUAUUAUUAUAAAUAUUUAAUUUUAUU